AUGGUCGCACUCUCUUAUGGCGUUAUGAAUUCCAUUGAGCUCUUCUCCAGUCUGUAUUUCCAAGAAGUCCAACACGCCUCCAUGCUAGCAACAUCCCUCUACCUCCUCCCCAACCUCCUGGCCGGCGUCCUGAUCCAAAUAUCCGUCGGACUAUUCGUCCACCGCAUUCCUGCCCGCUGGCUCGUCGCCGGCUCCGCCUUAAUCUGCGCCAUCUCGCCCCUCCUAAUGGCCGUCGUGCCACCAGCAUGGAGCUACUGGAAACUCGCUUUCUGGGCGCAGAUAUUCGCCCCGUUCAGUGCCGAUGUCUUAUUCACCGUCGGUCUCAUCAUUGUGAGUGACAACUUCCCGGAGAAGACGCAGGCGCUGGCUGGUGCUGUGUUCAAUACUGUUGCGCAGUUUGGCAUGAGUUUGGGCAUGGGUAGUUGCCAGGUUGUUGCACUGGGGGUUCAGGCUAAGAGCGGGAGUACGGGUACUGGUGGCCAUGGUGAUGGUGAUGAUGGCGAGGCGUUUGAGGGACAGGACGAUGUUGCUGUUUUGAAGGGGUAUAGGGCGAGCUAUUGGCUUAUGUUCGGGUAUAUGGUCGUUUGUAUGAUGAUCGCUGUCGUGGGAUUGAGGAAGGCGGGUAGGGUCGGACUGAAGAGGGAGUAA